AUGGAUCAGACAUCGCAGAAUGCCCAGCAGCAAGCUAGACAGCAGCAGCAACAACAGCCGGUGUAUGAUGUGAGGAAUGGUGGACACUACGGCGCCAGUGCUGCGCUCUCCGCACAAGGAUAUGCGCCCGUCGCUGAGCUCUACACUGGCACGUGGGCGAACGUGAACCAAGGCCUGCAGGGCACAGCCCGUGACAUCCUCACCACCUACUGGCAGCACGUCAUCAAUCACCUGGAGACCGACAAUCACGAUUACAAGAUCCACCAGCUUCCCCUCGCGCGAAUCAAGAAGGUUAUGAAGGCCGAUCCCGAGGUCAAGAUGAUUUCUGCCGAAGCGCCCAUUCUGUUCGCCAAAGGCUGUGAUAUUUUCAUUACCGAGUUGACGAUGCGUGCAUGGAUCCAUGCCGAGGACAACAAGCGACGCACUCUCCAGCGUUCUGACAUUGCCGCAGCCCUCUCCAAGUCAGACAUGUUCGAUUUCUUGAUCGACAUUGUUCCCCGUGAAGAGGCCACUUCCCACGCAAAGCGAUCGAGCCAGGCUGGCGCCGGUGGUGCUGGUCCCGCCCCUGGUCCUGGCCAAAUGCCGCCUACCCAGCACAGCGUCCCGCAGCACAUGGGCCCGGCGGACUAUGGUUCCCUUGGUCAGCAUGGCAUGUCCCAGGAGCAGGAGUAUCGUCAACAACAGGCAAUGUACCCUGGCACUGUUCAGCAGGAUCCCACGGGCGCGUAUGGCCAGCCGCAGCCUCAAAUGUUUGAGGGGAUGUAUGGCUACCCUCACAUGCCACCUCAGCAGGUUCGUACCCACCAUACUGCCCUUCAUACCCAAUUCGCAACGCCAAAUGCUAACCAAGCCAAGUGA